AUGAAAGGUGCUCUACGGAACGAGGCCUAUAUUCGCGUCAAAAUCAACGCGGUUCUGUUGACUACUUUGUUCACCGUCAAAAAUGACACUACCGAAAAAUAUCUACGCCCAGACAUGGGUCACUCUAAGAUCCAUUUUCAGCUCGAGACACCGCUGAAACUCCUAUACCGUGGUUUAGAUGGCGACUCAGUUGUCACAAAGGCAUACGAUCCUGCCGUGCAGGAUAGGAGGCCCCUUGCUCCGGCCGUCUCGGUUCAAAGAGGAAAUACUACCGUUGUAGGCGGCGGACAGCGCGCAGUCGGCGCGUGGUGUCACUGUUGCCUGCAGUUCCUCGACGAGAACGCCUACGAGCCCCCUGCUAUCACCGGCCAGUCAUCCGAGCGCAGCGAUAAGGUGAUAUGGGGGGUAAAUACGGACAGUGAUACGUGGGAGUUUAUCAGAUUGAACCCUGAUAGAACAGAAACCCCCUACCAGCAGCCGUUCUACCCGUAUCAACAAGGUUACCCAAUGGCUGCAUACCAGUUUCCCUACAUAUCAUAUCAAAACGGCGGCUACCAGCAGAGUGGCGCCUACCGUCAGAAUGGCAACGCCAACGGCAACCAGGGCGCUCCGAAACAGCUUGCCAUAGAAGCUGGCAAGCCCGCCAACGCCAAUUUCGGCCGCUCAGCGAAUCAACGUAGCCUCAAGGGAAACAACGUUGGCUUCACUUCCAAGCCUAAUCCCGGUGCGUACCUGCCACGCCAGUCGUGGAAUAGGACCCAAAGCAAACCCCCUUUCGGGCGCGCUUACGGCGCCGAAGGAAACCCGAGGGAGAAACUCCGAAUGACGCGUACCAAGCUGAUCAGGUCGAUGACGCCGACCAGCAGGCCCAGGAGACCCGCCUCUAAGGAUCCCUUUGGAAGACAGCCCGAUCAACCGGCGGAAGUUGCUGAUGACGAAUAG